AACAGCAGCGGAGCCGCCGGGACGCAAGGUCGACAGCAGCAUCCCGCCCUUUUACACCGAAUCACAGCUCUGAGCAGGACCGGACCUGCUCCGACCAGACGACCAGGCGACCAGGCUCGGGUUCGAGUCCCAGUAUCAGUCCUCCCAGCCCCGGCUGCAGCUCCCCGCCCCUCCGAGCCUCGUUUCUGCAGGACGGACCUCCAUCCCUCACCCCGGCCCCGGUCCCCGUCGCUGUUGCAUCGGUAGAACCAUGUCCGCGGAACCGCCCCCCGGCCCCGACCCCGGCCCGGAGGAGCUGCUGGCCCCGGGCCCACCGGGGCCGGGACCCACGCCCAGCCAGAGCCGCUUCCAGGUGGACCUGGUGGCCGAAGCCGCCGGAGGAACCGGAGCCGGGGGAGCCGAGGACCGCUCCCCCGGCUCCGGGGAGGGGGAGCAGGGCUCCGGUCCCGGUCCUGGCUCUGGCUCCAGCCCGGCCACCACCGGGGGAGCCGGGGAGGAGGCCAAGGGCCGGUUCCGGGUGGUGAACUUCGCGGACCCGGGCGGGUCCAGCGCGGCCUCGCCGGAGCCGGGUCCGGACGGGCUGCAGAACGGGGACACCGUGAUGAGCGAGUCCAGCGUGCACUCGUCCACGGGCGGCCAGCACCACUACCACUACGACACCCACACCAACACCUACUACCUGCGGACCUUCGGACACAACACCAUCGACGCCGUGCCCAAGAUAGACUACUACCGGAACACCGCGGCCCCGCUGGGCGAGAAGCUGGUCCGACCCACGCUGUCCGAGCUGCACGACGAGCUGGACAAGGAGCCGUUCGAGGAUGGCUUCGCCAACGGUGAUGAGCUCACGCCGGCGGAGGAGGCUGCCGCCAAAGAAGCAGCUGAACCCAAAGGAGUGGUCAAGUUUGGUUGGAUCAAAGGUGUGCUGGUCCGCUGCAUGUUGAACAUCUGGGGAGUGAUGCUCUUCAUCCGUAUGACGUGGAUCGUGGGUCAGGCUGGAAUUGCUCUCGCCUGCAUGAUCGUCCUCAUGGCUACCGUGGUUACGACCAUCACUGGUCUUUCCACAUCGGCCAUCGCCACCAACGGAUUCGUCCGAGGAGGUGGAGCGUAUUACUUGAUUUCGAGGAGUUUAGGUCCGGAGUUCGGUGGGUCCAUCGGCUUGAUCUUUGCCUUCGCGAAUGCAGUGGCUGUUGCCAUGUACGUGGUGGGCUUUGCUGAGACGGUGGUGGAGCUUCUCAAGGAAUCCGAAGCCAUCAUGACAGAUGAAAUCAAUGAUAUCCGCAUCAUUGGCACCAUCACCAUCAUCCUUCUCCUGGGCAUCUCCGUGGCAGGAAUGGAGUGGGAGGCCAAGGCCCAGAUCUUUCUGCUGAUUGUCCUCAUCACAGCCAUCAUCAACUACUUCAUCGGAUCCUUCAUUCCUGUUGAAUCAAAGAGGGCUCGGGGCUUCUUUGGCUAUGAUGGUAGCAUUAUGUGGGAGAACAUGGGUCCAGACUUUCGAGAGGAGACCUUCUUCUCCGUCUUCUCAAUCUUCUUCCCGGCAGCCACCGGUAUUCUGGCUGGCGCCAACAUUUCUGGAGACCUAGCGGACCCACAAAUGGCCAUCCCCAAAGGAACACUUCUGGCCAUUUUGAUUACAGGAAUAGUCUACCUGGGCGUCGCCGUUUCCACAGGCUCCUGCAUCGUGAGAGAUGCCAGUGGAAGCAUGAACGACACCCUCAGCUCGCAAUUCAUGGCAAACUGCACCGAAGCAGCCUGCAAGUUAGGCUACGAUUUCGUGAGUUGCAGGAGCGAGAAAGAAGGCUGCAAGUACGGACUCCAUAAUGACUUCCAGGUGAUGAGUGUUGUUUCUGGUUUUGGACCGAUCAUCUCAGCCGGGAUCUUCUCUGCCACGCUGUCCUCGGCUCUGGCGUCUUUAGUGAGCGCUCCAAAGGUUUUCCAGGCGUUGUGUAAGGACAACAUUUACCCCGGCCUGGGGAUGUUUGCCAAAGGCUAUGGCAAAAACAACGAGCCGCUCCGAGGCUACUUCCUCACCUUCGGCAUCGGUCUGGCCUUCAUCCUCAUCGCCCAGUUGAACGUGAUUGCUCCCAUCAUCUCCAACUUCUUCUUGGCGUCCUACGCGUUGAUCAACUUCUCUGUGUUCCACGCUUCACUGGCCAACUCGCCAGGCUGGCGUCCCAGCUUCAAAUACUACAACAUGUGGGUGUCAUUGGCUGGAGCAAUCCUGUGCUGCGUGGUGAUGUUCGUCAUCAACUGGGCGGCUGCCCUGCUCACCAACGUCAUCGUCUUGGCCCUGUACAUCUACGUCGCCCACAAAAAGCCAGAUGUAAACUGGGGUUCGUCCACGCAGGCGCUGACCUACCACCAGGCCCUGACCCACACUCUGCAGCUGAGCGGCGUGGAGGAUCACAUCAAGACCUUCAGACCCCAGUGUCUGGUGAUGACCGGUUACCCCAACACCCGCCCCGCCCUUCUGGACCUGGUCCACACCUUCACCAAGAACGUAGCGCUGAUGAUCUGUGGGCACGUCCGCAUGGGCUACAGGAGACCGAACUUCAAAGACCUGGCCACCGACCAGACCCGGUUCCAGCGCUGGCUGCUGAAGAAUGAGGCCAAGGCUUUCUACAUCCCAGUGUUUGCUGAGGACCUGAGACAGGGCACCCAGUACCUGCUGCAGGCUGCUGGCUUGGGGCGCCUGCGGCCGAACACCCUGGUGAUGGGCUUCAAGAACGACUGGCGGGACGAAGACAUGAUGAACGUGGAGACCUACAUCAGUAUGAUCCACGAUGCCUUUGACUUCCAGUUCGGAACCGUGAUCCUACGCCUGAAGGAAGGGCUGGACGUGUCCCACAUCCAAGGACAAGAUGAUCUGCUGUCCUCCCAGGAGAAGUCUUCGGGAACCAAGGAUGUGAUCGUGUCCAUCGACACCAGCAAAGACUCUGACGGCGACUCGUCCAAGCUGUCCUCCAAGGCCACCAGCCUUCAGAACAGCCCAGCGGUACAGAAAGAUGACGAUGACGAUGGCAAAGCUCCAACUCAGCCCCUGUUGAAAAAAGACAAGAGUCCCAUGGUCCCGCUGAAUGUGUCUGACCAGAGGCUGCUGGAGGCCAGCCAGCAGUUCCAGAAGAAGCAGGGGAAGGGCACGGUGGACGUCUGGUGGCUGUUUGAUGACGGAGGUCUGACCCUGCUGAUCCCCUACCUGCUGACUAACAAGAAGAGGUGGAAGGACUGCAAGAUCCGCGUCUUCAUUGGAGGAAAGAUCAACCGGAUCGAUCAUGACCGGCGAGCGAUGGCAACCCUGCUGAGCAAGUUCAGGAUAGACUUCUCGGACAUCACCGUGCUGGGAGACAUCAACACCAAGCCCAAGAAGGAGCAUGUUGCAGCCUUCGAGGAGAUGAUCGAGCCGUACCGGCUGAAGGAGGACAGCAUGGAGCUGGACGCGGCGGAGAGGCUGAAAAACAGCGAGCCCUGGAGGAUCACGGACAACGAGCUGGAGCUGUACCGCACAAAGACGAGCCGUCAGAUCAGACUCAACGAGUUGCUGAAGGAGCAUUCGAGCACAGCCAACCUCAUCGUCAUGAGCCUGCCGUUGGCCCGGAAGGGCGCCGUGUCCAGUGCGCUCUACAUGGCCUGGCUGGAGGUGUUGUCCAAAGAACUGCCCCCGAUCCUCCUGGUGCGCGGCAACCACCAGAGCGUCCUCACCUUCUACUCGUAAUUCCGGUGUCGCCGGGAAGCAAAGCCACGUUUUGAAGCCUCACAUCCAGCUCUGCGCCCGGACGCAGGACCACAAACACAUCCCAGUUCAGUCCAAGCUCACAGACGCACCACAUACACUCCAGAGAUGGUUUGGCUCUUUACACGAAUGACGAGAAAGUGAUGACGGUUGAGAUGUGUGAUAGAGGAAUGUCAGGGUUAUGGUGGGAGCUGAUGGGAACGUUCCCCCCUUGGCUCCCCUUAUAUUAUUUAUUCGACAAUAUUUUUCUCUUGUAGCUUUUGGUUUUUAAAAUUUCCUCUUUAAAAUGGUCAUUUGGGUUCAAAUUGAUUUAGUUUUUGGCGCAGGAGUAGGUGUGCAUGACGUCAGCUGUGUAGUUCUCAUGACAUGGGUCGCGGCGACGUCGCGCUCUCUGGGUGAUCGGGGACAGUCGUCGUGUCUUUUGCAGCAAUAAUCCCUCUGUUGUCUUUACCUCCCGGGAGAGAACCACGCAGAAAGCUUUGCAACACCUUCUGAAGCCUCACGGAUGUGCCUUCCAGUCGGAUCUGAUGUAAUGAAUCUAAUCUCUGUCCAGAUUGACACUAUUACCUAUUUAUAACGGUGGAUAAUUAGCUUUCAUUAGUUUUUACUGUGAUCUCCUACUAAUUUGGAUGGGUUUAGUUCUGUGAGUGGAUUGCAAGAAUUAAAUGAGGUGUCCACUUGACUGCAUGAACACUAUCUGUUUCUUUAUAUUUUACUCAAAUCCAUGUUUAUUUCGGUCCAUAGCUUUGUUUUUAUUUUUUUAAAUUUUUUUCCACUUUGGGUCUUCCUUUGUAAAGCUGAAUUUUCACAGCAGAUUUAGUUACUUGACUUGUUUCAGGCCCAGAGCCUAGAACGGUGUGUGAACAGUCUGAAAUUCGCAAUCUCGCUGCUCAUCAGCGAAGAUGUGAAUCCAGAGCUUCAUCAGCCUGUUGAUGGACAGAUCUUCUCUCCCAUGUAGCUGCUGAUCAACGUUUCAGUUUCUUUAGUCCGCAUGUACAGUUCUUACCCUCUGAACGCGCCGCUCCACGCAACACGCAUUUUAAAACAUGCCUUAAUGACAGAAUUAACGAUUGUGAGAGUCCCCCCCACCCCUGAAGCCAUACUGGCGGGGCAGUCAGUGGCUGAAUGCAGAGAUUGAUCCAUUCUGCUAAUAAAUGCUCCUGGGGAAAGUCCCCGAGCUGCCACCGGUGUCCGCGCUGCCGCCAUCCAUCGGCAGAUCUGAACACGACCAGCUCUGCCAGCGUUGACACGCUGACACUCGUGUUCAGAGUCUGCACAAAUAUAGAUGACAGGCUGUUAAAAAAAAACAAAAAAAAAACACGCUACCUGCACACUGGAAGACUCCGAAUGUGUCGAGGCUCAGUGAAGACACGCCUCAAGUUACUUCCUUUUAUUGUGAUUGACGUCCACCGCGCCCUCACGCCCAAUCAGCUCGACUGCGUUCUCAUCCAGAAGCCCAUCUUUCCUCUCAUCAUUAUUAUUAUCAUUAUUAUUAUUAGUAGUAGUAUUAUUAAUAUUCUUAUUAUUAUCGGCGUUGGCUCGUAGCCUUUGUGAGGCUGCCGUGGUUCCACAGAAAGCCAUAUAGAACCAGUCUUUACAGUCUAAAUGGGUUCAGAAUGGGUCGCACGUAUUCCCUGUCCAGCCGCCGCCGUGGAGAAUGUCCUGAUGUAGAGAAAGACAGUAGCUUCUUGUAUCAGAGCUGUCCUGCAGCUUUUACUUUUGAGUGUUUUGGGAAGUUGUACAGAAUGAUGCAUGUGCCUGGAUGCAAGUUCGCAGUAACUGCUUAUACAAUCAUUAGAGGUGAAUGAACACAGAUGAGCCGAGUCCUUCAGAUUUGGACCACUUUGGGUGGGCGUAGAUGUUCAGAUUGUGGAUUACCUGGGAGCCUGACAAGCAUCUGGGGUGAUCAGGGGAGGAAGAUGAGGUUUAUCACAGAAUAAGUGCACAUGUGGGUGUGGACGGCGUGUUGUUGGCAUUAGGAAAAGAAGCUGCGUUGUUGCUGCUGGGCAUUACGGUUAAAAAUGAGAAACGGUUUCUUUUUACUUGUGAGUACUACUUCCUCUGUUUUCCAAACAAGUGGUUUCAGCCUUCUUCUCUCCGUGUACUCUGUCCCUCUUCUUCCAUGUAUGCAAUUUCUUAAGAGGAAUGUGACACGAUGCUUAGCUUAGUUGAAUGUACUGUAUCAUAAAUGAGCACUAGUUCCCGUUAUGUUCGCCGUUUUCUACAGACUGCUGUAAGCGCAGUGCGCCAGCUUCGUCCCGCCUGCAUCACUCCUGCCUGUGUGACUCACCUGCACAAAGCAUCAGCCAUCCCGGUCACCUGCAUUCAGCUCGCAGGCGUGAUGCGGACGGGAGUCAUGUCAGUGUAUAUAAGCAUUCAGUACAUAAACCUUCAAUAAAUCCAUUCUUAAAUGAUCCCUGCAAGCUGUCCUGGUCUGUCCUGAAAGUUAAAGAGGGUCCCAGGUGAAGUUCCAGCACGCCUGCCGGGACGUCCUUCAAGCUCACUGCUGAUGCUGAGCUGUUUCUAGACUUCUCACUGCAAAAACUCUAAAUCUUAACAAGAAUAUUUCUCUUAUUUCUAGUUAAAAUGUCUCAUUUUUCGUCAAAAAAUCUCAUUGCAUUUAAAACAAGACUCUGGAAAAACUGGAAAAAACAACAAUUUUCACCUGUUUCAAGUAGAUUUUCACUUAAAAUAAGUAGAAAAAUCUGCCAGUGGAAAAAUAUUUUUUUGCUUGUAAUGAGAAGAUAAAUCUUAUCCCAGAAAAUAUUUUUCUGGUAAUGACUCUUGUUUUAAGUUUAAUGAGAUUUCUUUGACAAAAAAUUAGACAUUUUAACUAGAAAUAAGACAAAUAGUCUUAGUAGUGAGUAUUGAUGAAAGUGGUCCAGAAUGUACCCCCCCGGCAUCAUCCAAAGAUCCUCAAAUUGGCUCAAAAUGUAAUAUUAUGAUAGCUAUUAACUUCCCCCUGCUGUCGUUUAUCCACACAACAAUAAUGUGGUUUCAGAUUUACGCUGUGAGGAUGCAUUUUGGAGAAAGUGAGGACUCAUCAGCAGCAGUGAGCUCUGAGAUCUGCUGUUUGGGGACACAUCUGUAUAUUCUAACCAAAUAACGUCUCAGUCUGGUCAUACUGUGAAGCCUUCACUCGUCCUUAAGGUUACCUAGCAACACCACAAACAAAAACACGGGUUCUUCUAUAUUUGUAUAUUAAAGAAAAAAACAUAUAUAUAUAUGCCUAUAUCCAGUAAUACAGUAUAGACUCGCACCUAUAUGUAUGUAUCAGUCUAAUCUGGAGCAAAUAUUUGUCUUUUAAUAUUUCACAUUAAAGCAAACAAAAGACUUCCUGUCACCACUUUCCAACCAAACAGUGUUUGUGUGUCGUUUUCCAUUAUUUGACGGCCUGAUGAUACUGUUGCGAUAUUCUCCACUAAUCAGAAGGCGUCUGUAGACGUGUCAGGACCAAGGUGUGGUUUGACAUCUCAUUAUUGUAUGCCGUGUUUUCUUUUGCCAAAGCCCCCCGGCCCCCCUCAUCGUUCCCAGACCAUCAUAAUGUCAAGCCAAAGUGCUGGGUGAUCAUUUAAAGGAAAAAAAUAAAUAAAAAAUCAAUCAGUCACAACCUGGUUUUUCAGUCCUGUUGGGGUUUGAUCUCUUGUUUCGGACCACAAUCAUAAAUAGUCUGUAAAUAAACUUCAUAGUCUUGGGGAGUGGAAUACUUAUGUCAAAUUUCAGUAAGGAGACAGAUAUUUAUUUUAGUUCAGGAAUUACUUUGCUUCGUUCUCUAAUAUUUUGGUUUUGGUUGUAAGUUAAUGUGCAUGUUGAUGUAUUUUAUGUUACAUUUCUUGCCUUUUUAAUUUAGCAUUUUUCCCUCUAUCUUUUAAAUGCAUAAAAGGAAAGACACAACGAGCAGAUUUCUUCUGCUUUUACACAAAUGUGGAUGGAUUGGACCCAGCUGGUUGACGCAGUAAUGUUUUGAUACACAGCACUGUUAACAGUCACAGAAAUGCUUUUUCUAACAUUUUAACAGUUAUGAUUACCAGUACUUUGUAUCUUUUAUUGCAAUAAAUAAAUCAAAUCUGUUGAA